UAGGCAUUAUGUAGCGGCUGUCUUUUGAGUGUUUGAGUAGAAGGAUUUCGGUUUCGUGUUUGAUGGUUGUGUAGAGGUGAUCUGGAUCGAAGGAUUGGAUCGUGGAGGGUUGUUUUUGAUUGUGGGUCUUGUCGUCAAGGCUGUUUGACGGACCCCAUUUUGUGUUUUUUUUUUCUUCAGCUACGUUGCAUUUUGGAUCCAAGUGGUGGUAAUUGAGUUUAUGAAUGCAUCAUGGGUUUGUCAAUUGUUGAGAACCUUCUGUGAGUGCUUCGAUCGGAUGAUUACCGGCAUUUUCCAUCUUGACGUAUUGAUAUCAUAGUGGAGAUUGUAUGGUUUUGUCAGGCAAUUGCACGAGGGUGAUCAUAGUUAAGGUGCUCUGUUGGGGCCAGUCUGCGUAAUACUCCCAAGGGCUUCUGUGGUCUGGAGGAUCGUUGUUAUUGUUGUUUUUUCCGGUGAGGGUUGGGGUGGUGUGAAGUGAGGGAGAAAGUGGAAGGGUUUCAAGAUGGGGAUGACGACGACAAAUGAUGUUGAGGUGAGUGAGUUUCUGGAGCAAUGCAAGGUCUCGGGGGACAAUGCGUACAAUGCGAUCAAGGGUGUGCUUGAGAGGCUACACAACCCUGAGACUCGUGCUGACGCCAGGAAGAUUCUUGCGGCCGUAGAGAAGUAUGUGGAAAAACAAGUGCCUGAGGUGAACAGCAUGGCUACUUACCAUUUUCGUCUCCAUCGGCUCUCUCUUACUGAUUACGAAGGUUUCAGGGAAAAUAGACAAAGUCUGACAUUGUUAGAGUUGCCUAGCAUUUUCAUACCUGAAGAUUGGUCGUUCACUUUCUUUGAAGGCAUCAGCAGGCAUCCAGACACUGGAUUUAGAGAUCGGGAUGUGACAGAGCUGGGUUGCGGUAAUGGAUGGGUGUCGAUUGCAAUGGCAGAGCGAUGGUUGCCACGAAAGGUCAUCGGGCUUGACAUUAAUCCAAGGGCAAUCAAGGUGGCGUGGAUCAACCUGUACUUGAAUGCGCUAAACGAUGAUGGCUUGCCUGUUCUUGAUCACGAGGGCAAGACUCUCUUGGAUAGGGUGGAAUUUUAUGUUUCAGACUUGCUCGCCUACUGCAGAGAGCAACAUCUGACGAUGGAUCUCAUAGUUGGUUGUAUACCACAGAUCUUGAAUCCUGAUCCAUCAGCUAUGUCCAAACUGAUUACCGAGAAUGCCAGUGAGGAGUUCUUGUACUCUCUCAGCAAUUACUGUGGUCUUCAGGGAUUUGUUGAGGAUCAAUUUGGGCUGGGUUUGGUUGCAAGAGCUGCUGAGGAGGGUAUUUCAAUCAUAAGACCCACCGGGAGGCUCAUCUUCAAUAUUGGAGGUCGGCCUGGUCAAGCUGUGACUGAGCGGUUGUUCAGUAGACGUGGAUUUUAUAUUAACAAAUUGUGGCAAACUAGAGUGAAUCAGGCACCAGACACUGAUAUUUUAGCACUGGUGGAAAUUGAGAAAAACACUCGACAUCGGUUUGAAUUUUUCAUGGGUCGUGUGAGUGAGGAGCCUAUAAGUGCAAGAACAGCAUGGGCUUUCUUGCAGUCCGGAGGCGAAAUCUCCCAUGGGCUUUCGGUUUACGAGUGCAAACUCAGGAUGCCAAACCAGGUAAAGACCAUAUCAAAGUUUUUGAGCAAUGGAUUCGAAGAGACUCGGGGAGCCCUGGACCUCUCAUUUGCUGAUGAAUCAGCUGCCGAGGAGAAAAUACCUUUUCUGGCACAUCUAGCACGUGCAUUGGAGGAUCUUUCAUAUUUCCCACAUGAGUCCCCAGCUGGAAGUUCUCGUUUUAGGAAUCUCAUUGCAGGGUUCAUGAGAAUUUAUCACCACAUCCCAAUCACUCCUGCUAGUGUGGUGGUCCUCCCUUCAAGAGCUGUUGCCAUUGAAAAUCUGCUUCGUGUAUAUUCACCUCGAUUAGCACUGGUCGAUGCUGCUCUUACACGAUGGCUGCCUAAAAAAUGGCUCACUGCACUACCGGCUCAGGGUGCAAAUGGAGGAGCCAUCUCUCAAUCCAAUAACAAAGUGACUGUGGUGGAAGCCCCUCGCCGCUCCGAUUUAGUGGUGCAAUUAGUGAAGAACCUUAAGCCUCAGGUCGUUGUCACAAGUCUCGCGGAUUAUGAGAUGCGAACAUCCACUGCAUUCGAGUUGCUACUGGAUGCGACGGGCAACAUUGGAGCACGUCUGGUAUUGGAUAUUUCGGAAUAUCUGGAGCUCUCAAGUUUACCAGGGACAAACGGAGUCCUGCAAUACCUGACAUCCCAUCCAUUGCCCAUGCAUGCCACCAUCAUAUGUGGUCUGGUCAAGAACCAGGUGUAUACAGAUCUUGAGGUUGCUUUCAUUAUCUCCGAAAAUCAGACUCUAUUGAAUACACUAGCCAAAGCUGGGGAUGUUACAUAUGGGCGUACAGCCAUCUCAAGCCAGUUCUAUUAUGGUUGCCUCUUUCAUGAGCUCCUAAGCUUUCAGCUUCCUGAACGUCACACGCUUCCACAGAGGUUACCAAAAGAGGAAGAGACCUCGAAGUUUAUCAGUUUUUCGCCAAGCUCUACUGAAGCCCUCUGUGAAGUGGAGAAUGUCAAUCUCGACCAACUACCUCCAACCAUCUGUAUGGACUUUGAUGAGAACAUUCUCCCAGUGCCUGAUGCAGUCAAAGUAUCAGUUUUCGAAGGAUUUGCACGACAAAACAUUUCGGAGGACGAGAUGGAUCCGAGGCCGGAAAUCCUUGAUUAUUUGCAGAACAGAUAUGGACUUCCACAUGCACAUACUAAGGAGCUUUUCCUAAGUGACACGUCUACUUCCUUAUUCACAAAGUUAGUCCUAGCAUGUGUUGAAGAAAAUGGAACCCUUGUUUUCCCAAUGGGCUCUUCCGGUACUCUUUUCUCAGUUGCCAAGUUUCUUGAGGCCGACUUCAAGAGGUUACCCACAGAAGCGUCAAAUGCCUUCAAAGCUACCUCUGGACAAAUAGAUUCCUUUUUGAAAGGUAUCGAAAAGCCAUGGGUGUACAUUCCAGGCCCUACUAUCAGCCCUACGGGACAAAUUUUCUCCAACUCUGAGAUUGGGGAAAUUCUCGCCGUCUGCAAGGGCUACGGGGCUCGGGUGAUACUUGACACCUCAUUCUCUGGCCUGGAGUACAACCAGUCGCCUAAUUGGGAUCUCAAGGAAGUCGGCAGUGGAUCAAAAGAGAAUUCCUACGCUGUUGCAAUCUUAGGAGGUUUUUCAACCUGUCUAAUGACAGGAGGGCUUGAGUUUGGAUUUGCAGCUGUUGCAGACUCAGUGUUCAUUGAAGCCUUCAAGGAGGCCCCUACCAUGAGUCGGCCGCAUGGGACGUUGAAGUACACUAUUAAGAAGCUUCUGGGACAGAUGAGUCAGAAAUCUGAAGUUUUGCUCACAGGUUUGGGGGAGCAAAAGAAGAUCCUGAAGUAUCGAGCGGAACAGUUUUGCAAGCUCCUGAAGGACUGCGGCUGGGACGUCGUGGAGCCUUUAGGAGGCAUAUCUAUGGUGGCAAGCCCAUCGGCAUAUGAAGGAAAGAGCGUGAAAGGGGACAAAGAAACACUUGGCAGUGACAACAUUCGAGAUGCAAUCCUCAAGGCUACAGGUCUAUCCAUCAGCAGCUGCACCUGGACUGGAAUCCCCAACUACUGCCGAUUCAUGCUUGCCCUCAGUGAAGAGGACUUCACAGCAGCGUGCAAGGCUCUGCAGAGAUUCAAAGAACUUGCUCUUGACUAGUACAGUUAAUCUAAUGGGCUUGCAUAACCUGCAGAACUGAGCAGCUUAUGCGUAGUGCUUGCCUUGCCUUUUGUUGACAAGCCUUUCAGAAACUACGGAUACAAUUGUACAAAAUUUAAAACUUGAUCAUUAACGUACAGCUGGAGUGACAACUUUUUCAUGGAACCUUAUUUGCAAGCUUGGACUAGCAGCGUAAAAAUUCACUGCAAUGCGAAGUACACCAUCUUAUUUGUAA